UUGUCUGAGGUGUAAUCGCCUGAAACGCUUUCAUAUUAUAAUGACCGCAAUGUUGAAUAAAGAGCUCCAGUUCUGACGAAAUAUUGGGUCGUUCGGCGAUUCUGUUGAAGUAAAGUCCGUUGAAUUACUAAAGAUCGUUCAGUUGAUAACAGUACAUUCCUAGAAAAGUUGCAAAGGUUGACAAGUGCCGUCAUAUGCGACUUGAACGAUCGCUAAAAAUGUUGGUGACGGACUCGCCUCGCCAUUUGAUCUCAAGGUGUCGCUGUCGUUAUAUAGUGUUAACAAUUCUUCUGGUCUUGUUGAUAACAUUCUAUAUGGUAAUGAACUUGAGGAACUACGGUCUUUACACGGGCAAUCACCCUCUCUUCUCAGCUCAGCCGUGCGAAUAUCUGAGCAGCAAACAAAAGGACCAGCUUCUAAGCAUGGCGUAUACUGUUCACAAGAUCUUGGAUGACUUUGGUAUAGAGCACUGGCUCAUGUAUGGAUCUGUUUUCGGCGCGGUUCGUGCACACGGACCUCUUCCGUGGGAUAAUGAUGUGGAUAUUGGUUUUAACGGCUCGGGAAGGUUUGCAUCGAUGAAUUUCAAGGAGUUUUUAUCGGCUUUUGAGUCCAAAGGGUUGAAAGUGUAUUAUAAACGAUGGAUAACAAGCAACGUGAUGAAAGUUUACAGCGACGAUCUUCCUCAUAUAAAAGUCGACUUGUUUGCUAUGUAUGACUACAACGGUUGGAUGAAGAGAGCUGGGCUGGAAACGUGGAUUUUUGCUUUAAAUUAUAAUCUCCACGACACAUUUCCUGCACGAUUAGUAAAGAAACCAUUACCACGAGUUCGCUUUGGUUUUUUCAACAUGACAGUUCCAAGAGAGGGAAUUGAAAUCCAAAAGUAUCUGUAUCCAGAUGAUUGGUGGCAGGAAGUAAAGCCGAUCACAUGUGUGUAACGCAACGCAGCCUAAGUGUUGUAGGAGUUGCGUUACUUUCAACUGACCAAAGUGUCACGCGUGAAACGCAGUCCUUACUGACCAUUUUAAUGUAGUGAUCAACAACUGAGAGAUGGUAAAAUUCACUAUGUUUAACUUUGUUCACAUCUGAUUUGAAACCUAGUUUAGUUUAUUUUGACACCGACUGCAAUCAAUCGAUCGAUCGAUCGAUCAAUCAAGUCAGUCAGUCAGUCAGU